AUGAAACUAAACAUGAGCACAGCUGCGGGCCAGCUUGAGCCUACAACUUCAUACCCGGCGGAGACUCCUUUAUCACCCACCAACAUGAGCUACACUAGCGACAAGCGAGGGGAGGUGGACCGAGCAGGACUGCCGAAACCACUUCCAGAAAUCAAUGAAGCAGACAAUUCGUCGGGCUCUUCGUCUACAAAGCCUCACUUCAACACCUCGUACAAUGAAUCGAGCGGGGCCAAUUCGACUCUUGACCUCGAACAGUUGAGUAACUACUUGCGAAAGCUGGCUAGCGCUGAGAGCGGUGCCGGUAGUAGUGAGAUGGGCGAUGGCGAUGGCAAUGGCAAUGGCAAUGGGUUAAACAGACCAAACACUGCUGGAAGAAGGUCCAACACCUCACCAGAGAACCUCUACAGCCCCCGUCUGUCAAUUGUAGCAGCUAACUCCUCGAUGGAAACGCCAAUGCUGACCACUUCUUCGGUCAACUCCAACGAUGGAGUGCACUCGCAGUUAAAGGACAACUACAAGGGGUUCCAUGCUAACCACAGGGGUAAGAGUGUGGUGAAUGUGCCGCCGUUGACACAGCCAAUUAAGCCGAGGUUCAAGAAGAAGAGUGGGUCUCUUUUGGGAAAGCUUAUAUACUCUAGCAGGCGUGACUCGGAGAACCCUGCGGGAUCUUCUACAGACCACCACGAAGACACAGCAGCAAACAACCACAGGCUGUCUUCGUUGUCGAUACCUGUGUCGCUGCAGAACUCAACAAGGUCGUCGUCCAUAGGCACCACGGGCACCUCGCUCAGCUUCAACCCACAGAGAAGAAGCACCUCGUCGUCCACCGGGUCGUCGUCAUCAGCAUCUCACAAGCAUAAGUUUAGGAUUCCAUCUCUUUCCUUAGAUCACCAUGGUGGUGCUCUGCAAGGAGGUCUGGUGUCAUCCGCCUCAGGCGUGGGCCAUAAUAACGAUACCUUAAACUUGCUGUCUCACCACUCACGAAAUCUGCUUCAACCAUCUUUGGGAUCUGGGAAUCUGGAUCUGCUGCUGCGUCUGCCGGGCCUGGUACUGGAGAUGACUGUCCCAGAGACUGUGCCAGAGGCUCCUGAAAAGAUAGGAAGCACGUUUGAUCUCGACGUGAAUGAAAUGCAUGGGAUUGUUAAGUCCCCCGUUAUUGGAAAUAACAACUCCAAUGAGUUGCCCAACAUUUCGGCAAAGUCCUCGAAUACGAGACCUCUGAUUACUGAUAUCAUGGGUGAUGACGAUGACACCGCAUUGGGAUCGGGCAGAACACAAUCGUCUACUUCUUUGAGUUCCGAAGCCAAUGGCGGCCGGAAGCCGCUCUUACCAUCCCACUCCAGCCUGGCCUUUGCGUUUGACAAUGCACACAGUCUGGUAGGAAAGGCGGCCUGGAAGGCACCGGACAGUUGGGAUGUUAAAUUUGAUGCCAAACCCAUGGAUCCUAAUGCAGAAGCUAAUGAUUUGAAGGAUGGCGAAGACGAUGACGACGAUGGUGCCUCACAUUGUUCUUCGGAGUCAACUUUUCUGUACUCAAGUGAAGAACCUACUGAGAUUAUAGACGAAAAUAAGAUACAGCUGCAUGAGCAUCACCAUCAUCACCACCAUCACCACCAACAUCGUCACCACAACCAACUGAAAGCCAAGGAAGCAUCAAACUCCAUAUCCACAACGAGGACAAAUUUACCUGUUCUCUACGGUUCAAGACACUUAUCGCACAUCGUACAACCUGGUAUGAUUGAUACCAAUGCUAAUAACGUACUCCAUUCAUUCCCAGUCAAGGGACCAAAUCACAUUGUAAGAAUCUUCAAGCAGGACAAUACUUUCACCACAAUUUUAUGCCCUCUUGAGACUACAACAGCUGAAUUGUUGACUAUUGUGCAAAGGAAGUUUUUCUUGGAGUCAGUGGCCAACUAUCAAAUUUCAGUUCAUAUUGGAAAUUGUGUAAAAGUCUUGGAAUCCUUUGAAAAGCCUCUCAAAAUCCAAAUGGGCUUGCUUUUACUAAGUGGAUACUCCAUUAACGAUAACUUAGAUAAAAUCGGUAGAGAAGAUUUAUCUUUCGUAUGUAAAUUUGUAUUGGAGGAUAUUUAUCUUAGAAAUUUGACACACGAAGAAGAAACAAUACUUUCCAAGGACUAUGUCGAGGUCAACAUUAGUGGAUUAAAUUUGAAGAAUAUUCCUAUUAUAUUUCAUCAACAUACCUACGAAAUUGAAAAAUUGAAUGUGGCAGAUAAUCCAUCCAUUUACAUUCCUUUGGAUUUCAUUCAGUCUUGUAACAAUUUGACAUCCAUAAUCUUUUCCAGAAAUGGCUGUUCCAAGUUCCCAAUGAAUUUCUUGGAAGCUAAAAAGUUAACUCAAUUAGAUAUGCAAAAGAAUUUCUUAGAUGAAUUACCUUCGAAAUUUGGUAACCAUUUGAAGAACUUGACCCACUUAAAAUUGAAUAGUAAUCAAUUGAGCACUUUGCCCAAGUCAUUUGGAAAAUUGAAGAACUUGGUCAGUCUUAACUUAAGUUCAAAUUACUUUAAUAGUUACCCUGAAGCUGUCAGUGAAUUAAUUAACUUGGCUGAUUUAGAUUUGUCGUAUAACGACUUAUCUGUAUUACCAGAUUCUAUCAGUAAAUUACAAAACUUGGCCAAGUUAAAUUUGUGUACCAACAAAUUAGAAAAAUCCUUACCGGAAUUUUUCACAAAUUUUAAGUCGUUGAAGAGAUUGGACAUUAGAUACAACCAGAUAUCUAACAUUGAUGUUCUUGGUACUUUACCCAGCUUGGAAGUUGCUUAUGCUUCUAAGAAUAACAUUUCGGGCUUCAGUGACAGAAUGGAGAAUUUGAGACUUUUACAUUUUGACAGAAACCCAAUUACCGAUUUACAAUUUGAAAAUUUAUUACCUAUUUUAACUGUAUUAGAUUUAUCUAAGGCAAAGAUUACUAGUGUCCCUCCAGAAUUCAUUAAAAAGAUUCCAAACAUUGAAAAAUUAGUAUUGGAUAAGAACCAUUUGGUUACAUUACCAGAUGAGUUGGGAGAUUUACCUAAAUUGGCGUUUUUGUCUCUUUAUGGUAAUAACUUGCAAGUGUUGCCAAGUACCAUCGGUCAUUUGACAUCUUUGCAGUCUUUGGAUUUACAUUCUAAUAACUUACAGUCCUUACCUAAUGAAAUCUGGAAUUUGAAAUCCUUAACAGUUUUGAAUGUGUCAAGUAACAUGUUAACCAAUUUUCCGAAGCCUCCAUUAUCCGUUGCUAAGAGAAUUUCUCUGUCUAUCAAUUUUAAAUCACUAAUUUCAGAAGCUACAGGUGGGCCAGUUGCUGAUUCAAGAAGAGGUAGUGUGACUACUUCUUCAAGCGCUAGUACACCUAGAACACCUUCGGAUGAAUUGGAUGGAGCAGAUGGUUACAUACAAUCAGGACCUGGGGGAGUAGGCUUAUCAUCGCAGUCACAAUCACUUGCUGAUAGCUUGACGGUUCUUACUUUAGCUGAUAAUCGUCUCAAUGAUGAAUGCUUCGAAUCUAUUUCAUUUUUGGUUGAAUUGAAGUCACUUAACCUUUCCUACAAUUUCCUUUUAGAAAUUCCUGAAGGUGCAGUUGGACGUAUGACUAAGUUGGCGGAAAUUUUCCUUUCAGGGAAUGAACUCACUUCUUUACCAACCGAUGAUUUGGAGAACAUGAAAUCAUUAAGAUUGCUUCACUUAAACAACAAUAAAUUAGUGUCGUUGCCUGCGGAGUUGAGCAAAAUCCCCAAUUUACAAACUUUAGAUGUUGGUAGUAACCAAUUGAAAUACAAUAUCUCAAAUUGGCCGUAUGAUUGGAAUUGGCAAUGGAACAAGGCAUUGAAAUACUUGAACUUUAGUGGGAACAAGAGAUUCGAGAUUAAGCAAAGUCAUAUUAAGAAUCCCGAAACUGGAGAAGAUUUUGAUAGUUUAUUGGUUCUAAAAAAUUUGAAGGUCUUAGGUUUGAUUGAUGUUACCUUGACUACUUCAUCAGUACCGGAUCAAAACAGUGAAAUGAGAAUUAGGACGACUGCAUCUGAAUUAGAGAAUAUUGGGUACGGUGUUUCAGAUUCUAUGGGUAUGAGAGAUAUUGUCUCUUCUAGAGAUAUUUUCAUUCAAAAAUUCAGAGGAAAUGAAAACGAAGUUUUAAUAUUCUCUGUGGAUGGAAAGUUAGGCUCAACUCAAAUGGGACACAGAAUAUCAUCUGUUGCUAAAUCAGUAUUUGUACCAAAUUUCACUGAAGAAUUGAACAAGUUAAAGUCUACCGACACUGUUCAAGAUGCUAUAAGGAGAGCAUUUUUGUCAAUGAAUAAGGAAAUUAACGGUUAUUUAUCGGCUCAGAAAAAUCUCUCGGAAAGUGCUCCAUCAACUGCUGCUCCUGUAGCUACAAAAUUUGAAUCUUUGAGGUCUUUAGAUCUUAGAGACGAUGGCUUUUCUGGUGCAUCUGUUACAGUCGUAUACAUCAAAGAUAAAAAAUUAUACACUGCAAAUAUUGGUGACAUUGAAGCUUUAUUGUGUAGAAAUAAUGGUGACCAUGUUUUAUUGACAAAUAAGCAUGAUCCAACCAAUAGAAGUGAAUUCGAAAGGAUCAGAGCACUGGGAGGUUACGUUUCGGGAGAUGGUGCUUUGGAUGGAGAAUUACCUAUUUCAAGAGGGGUUGGGUUCUUCAACUAUUUACCUCAUACUCAUUCUGGUCCUGAUGUAUCUGAAUAUGAAGUCUCCAAUUCAAGCGGCAGUGGAGGAAUUAAUGAUAUGAUAAUCAUUGGUACCAAAGUAUUAUGGGAUUACAUUACAUAUGAAUUGGCUGUUGAUAUAUUGAGAGAGGAAAAAGAUGAUCCAAUGAGGGCAGCUCAAAAGUUAAGAGAUUAUGCGAUUUGUUAUGGAGCUACAGACAAGAUUAAUGUCAUGGUUAUUACAUUGGGUGAAAAUCAAAAAUCCAACCAAUUAAAUAACUUAAUGAGACUGAAGUAUUCCAAUAACAAUAACCUUUAUAGCAAUAUGUUGAAGGAUGGCUCAGAAAUGUACAAUCCUACUGCAAAGAAGAGAAGAGAUAGGAACCAACAAGCCGGAGAUUCUACCCUUAGAAGAUUGGAAGAUGAAAUCGACCCUCCUAUAGGAGAAAUUGCGUUAGUGUUCACUGAUAUUAAGAAUUCAACAUUACUCUGGGAUACCUAUCCCGUUGCUAUGAGAUCUGCAAUCAAAAUUCAUAAUCAAAUCAUGAGACGACAAUUAAGACUUGUUGGAGGUUAUGAAGUCAAGACAGAAGGUGAUGCAUUUAUGGUUUCUUUUCCUUCGCCUUCACUGGCUUUAUUAUGGUGUUUCAACGUUCAACAACAAUUGAUAGUGGCAGACUGGCCAACAGAAAUAUUAGAUACUGAAACUUGCUGCGAAAUUACUGAUUCCAAUGAAAAUAUGAUUUACAGAGGUAUAUCAGUUCGUAUGGGUAUUCACUGGGGUUCUCCAGUGUAUGAAUUAGAUGUGGUCACAAGAAGAAUGGAUUACUUUGGACCAAUGGUUAAUAGAACGUCAAGAGUCAAUGCUGUGGCUGAUGGUGGACAGAUUGCUGUGUCGUCUGAUUUUUUGGACGAGAUUAAAGGAUUGAACAAGAUUCACCAAGAUAUCCGUGCUGGAAAAAUAACAUUGCAAGAAGCUUAUCUGGGCAAUGUGAAAGUGGGAGAGGUUAUUGAAAGAGAAUUGUCUCAAUUGGAUGAGAUCGGAUGUGCUUUUUUCGAAAUUGGUGAGCGUAAAUUGAAGGGUUUGGAAAUUCCAGAGUUAAUUACAUUGGCAUACCCUGAAAAAUUGAAGGUUAGAUAUGAAAUUUAUGUUAACAAUAAGAGAAUGCUAGAAGAGGCCGAGGAAAAUGGAGAAGAGGCGGUGGCCGGUAAGCAUUUGGUAGGUGGUGAAACAGGAUCAAGAUUGGUCGGAUCUAUUCCUGUGGAAUGUAUAUAUGGAUUAAGACUGAUUUCGUUGAGGUUAGAAAAUAUUGCAAUCUUCUUGAGUGAAGGAUUACCUCCAAAUGACACAUUCAAGGACACAUCUUCGUCCAAAAUUUCUGAAGCCAUAUCAUUCAAAGAAGCUGAUAUGGUGGGAAUGCUUAACCAUAUUGUAUCUAGAAUUGAAAACAACGUGGCGUUGGUUCACUUGAGACAAGAGAUGGAUAAGAUAAAGGGUGGAACUGGAAGAAUUUCAGAUUGUGAAAGUGGUGCUGUUUGGGAUGUUAUUUCUGAAAUGGCAGCAAUGUUGAAUGAAUUAAAGAAGCUUCAGUAG